CUUAUUAAAUAGGCGUCUAUGAAGUUUGGAAGGCGCUUAUGAAUAAUGUACCAAAAGAAAACGCAGAAUUCAGAAAACAUACGACAGAUAAUCAAAAGCAACAAUCCUCUGAGGCUCGUACAUGCGCUUCAGACAACUCCGGAGCUUUUGAAUAUCAUCGCGCGUCACGGCCUUAGACCAAUUCAGCAAGCAAUAGUUGAAAACAAGGUGAUCCUUGUUGAGAUUUUGCUAGAUCAUGGAGCCGACACUUCAGUGUUAAAACCUGAUGGGUCUUCGCUACUACACUUAGCAAUUUUGAAUUCUACAGUCGACCUCGUGAGACUUCUUCUGAAAGCAGGUUGUAAUCCAUGCAUUGCUGAUGAACGAGGGGAGACGCCUUUGUUUCUCGCUGUACACUUGGAUGACUUAAAAAUUGCGAAAGAUUUGAUUUUACACGGUGCAAGUGCUUUGGUUCGUGAUACGAAUUCCUGCAAUGUGUUUCACCUAGCGGCCCUGGGCGAUACAGGUCAAGAGUUGGCGAUUCUUCUAUGCGAAGCUGUAGAAAGUCCUGAAGAUUUGGAGGACGCUCUUUGCUCUACUUCAAAGAGUAAAUACUCGAUUGAGCCAAUUUCGAGUCCAAUAGAAACCGCAAUACUAACCAAGGCUCACGUUGCUCUAAAAGUGUUCCUUUCGUUUCUAUCGAUGGAAGCUAUUAAUCGGAGAUUUAAUUGUUUGAUAGAUCACUGCUUAAAAAGCAAGACGUCGUUAGACGUUGUGGAAUCGUUGGUCGCAGCUGGCUACCACAUCAGACGAGAAUUGGCCACAUUAGAUUUACAAGCAUACGAUGCUGGACUAAAAUUGCGGUUCUGCUGCAACCGUUGUACCAAUUGUAGAGUACUUGCACGCAAUGAGAAGCUUUGUUCCCUCUCUGUUUGACUUGACGAGACUGCAGAUCUUGAGUGAUGUGCCUCCGAAAGAGAGAAGGUCACAAGAGGUGUUCUCCCAAAUGCAACUGCCCCAGUUGCUGUCUUACAAACUUUGUAUCAAAUUCUAACUUAACAUCUCUCUUUCUUUGUUGUUUUACGAAUAGAUGCUUAGUAAUUUAACAUGAGCUGGCCUG